GGGGUAUCGUGCAGCCCUUCAGCAGAUGAACUUGGAGGGGAGUGCAGUGCAGCAAUGACGUCCUCGGCCCAGCAUAUCAUCGGCCUUGUGGUAUGCAACAGGAGAGACAGUGUCGUUCACUCUCAUCGUCACGGCGCACUUAGGGUACAAAUAUGUCGUGUCGUGGGUUCAUGCCGUGCCUGGCAGCACCACACGUGGGCACACGAGAUGGCGGGCGAUGCGAUGCUGUGAGGUACGGCACGGGAGAUGAGGACAGCAGCAGACAUGGAACUCAUGGUACCUUAGGGUGCAGGUCGUACAGGAGAGGGGAAACGGCGUAUGGAAGGAAGAAGGAGGGCAGGACGAUCCUCAGUCGCGGGCGUCAUUAUUGUCAUGUGUCGUUGAACGGUACCUCCUAGAAGGAUGAUCAAGUCCGCCCCGCGAGACUGUCGCCGACAUGGCCAUGGGUGGUGGGUCGCAUCCAUUCGUGCUGGGAUUCCCAGUUGGGACUUCCGGCUUGCACCGCCACGACGUCUUCCGCAUCCGCCUCAAUUGCAUCGACUUUGCCCAGUACGCCCCCAAUACCCUCGAUCCUCCCAUCUGGGGGCCUCGCUCCCUCUCCGCCACCCAGCGAGUCCAGCUCCCAGAUGUGCCCGUCAUCCGAGUCUGGGGCUCCACGGAGACGGGUCAGAAAGCGUGCGUCCACGUUCAUGGCGCCUUUCCCUACCUCUACGUGCCCUAUGUCGACUCCAUCGAAGAGAGCCAGGUCGCCCAUUACAUCUCGAACCUGCGUUCAUCCAUCGACCAUGCCCUGUGCCUGUCCUACCGCAGGAACCCAUAUGACAACCCCCGAAAUGCCACCUUUGUUGCUCAUAUCAGCCUCGUCAAAGGCGUUCCCUUCUUCGGGUACAAUGUUGGGUACAAGUACUAUCUCAAAAUCUACCUUCUCAAUCCCCUACAUAUGACUCGAUUCGCAGAUCUGUUGCACCAAGGCGCCAUUCUCCGACAGCACUUCCAGCCCUACGAAGCCCACUUGCAGUACCAGCUUCAGUGGAUGUGCGACUUCAACUUGUACGGCUGUGCCUAUAUCGAGGUGUCCAAGCCUCAUUUCCGGGCUCCCAUCCCGCGAUGGGAAGAAAUGGAUGAUCUGGCUCAUUUGUGGCACGAUCGCUCUAUUGAUUCACAACAUGUUCUCGAUGCAGACCAAUUUCCUCGCCAGAGUCAUUGCCAGUUGGAAGUGGACAUUCGAGUCCAAGACAUUCUCAAUCGCAAUGCCAUCCAAGCAAGACCGCUGCAUCACUCUUUCAUCGAACGAAUGGCCUCUCUGGAGAACCUGCCACCAGAGGAGAAGCUGGUGCACUCCAUGGCAGGACUGUGGAAGGAUGAAACGCGAAGGAGAAAGAGGCGGAUGGGCAUUUCGGACCCCUCUUCGUCGCCCUUCCCGCCUGAAGUUCUCGUCAGCAUGUCUGCCGAUCCUCGUAACGACAGCACGGGCGGCUGGGUACACGAAGACGAGUUUCGCGACGCCAUUGCGGAGCUUGCUGAGCAAGAGAAGAAGCAGAGAGGAGGGGCGCCGCUCUCGUUCGAGAGCUUUGGUAGCCAGAAGCAUGACCACGAUGACGGAGUCCAGACGGUGCUGGAGAGUGUGUCAGAAUUAUUCCACACUACUUUGGAGCAAAAGUGGGAUAAGCUUGCUCCAGCAACGGAAGCUCGUGAACAGCAGCCGCAUGAAUUGAGCUUCGAGGAAUUCGUGGGCACGCAGCGUCGGCCUGAUCAUGCCCCUGUGGUCGAUGAGAGCAGCAUCGCUCUCAUGGGCGAAGACGAGGGAUAUCUCAGUGACGAGGAUGCCGCGAAAGAGUUGGCGUUGACCCAGAAACAAAAGCUGGAAGACGCAGGACUGGAGGAGGCCAUGGGUGAGGCGAAUGUCAAUGAGAGUGUUGGCGCAGCACUACCGCAAACUAUAGUUGAAGGCACACAACAACCGAAUUCGUUGAAGCGUUCGGCGCCGAGCGGGAGUCAGCUACCGUUCAAAAAGGCUCGCAUGGACGCGCCAGACCAUUCGUCUCGCUGGAAACACAUGUAUCGACCAUCUCGUGCCAAGGACAUCGGAACGUCGUCGAGACCGGGCGGCGACGGCUUUGCAGCGCCUCCUGCUGCACAGGCUCGAAAUGGUGUUUUUGUCAACGAACGUCUCACUGAUGCGCCCCCAUCGGCUCAGCCACCAUUGUCGCAACGGUCUCUGCAGUCUUCCCAUGGCGACAAAAUUGCCUUUCCAUCUGUGAAAAAUGCGCAUGAAUCCAACAGCGGACGUCGUCUCAGUCAACGAGCAUCACAGCUGAGCCAGAAGGAUGCAUUGGUCUCGUCGACAGCAUCGAGCUUCUCCAACAAGUCUCUGCAAUCGCCUGAAGAUCCGCGACAACUCCUGCACCCAACCACAGCACUCGCGUAUGCUGAUGGCUUUGGCAUUGACCCAUCGCGCAGAGUUCUUAUGCUGAGAACCUUGCCUCCAACCCAGAAUGAAGUGGCGACCACUGUGAACCCUUCUGUCAUCUACCAGGAUGCCUACUACAGUAAUGAGAAAGAUGUACCUGAGCGGGUCAGAGAAUACGCAGGUCAGGAGUUUCGGCUUGAAAGCAAUACGCUGCCAUUUCUUCCGCCGUUUGACAGCGGAGGCGUGGUCGGACAAGCUGGACGACAGAGCAAAGCUGAUGCAGAGUUUGCAUUGAACCGCCGCCGAUGGCAAUGCUCAUUGAAGUCCUGGGAGCUCAUGAAGCCUCCUCCCAGUCGCAGCGAGGUAGAGCGUUGGCUUCGCAUGGAGGAGCCAUCGAAACCAGACGAUCUCAACAUUCUGGACCUUGAUGGGCCACCAAGCCCCUCCCAGCUCAAGCGAAAAAACAAACCGCCGCCUGAGCUUUCACAGAUUGAAGGUCCCACGCAGCGCAACAAGCAUGGGUUCAAGUACUCGCAGCGAAAAGCAAGCACGAGCGUCCAGCACGAGACGGGUUAUAUGAGCACCAUGAGCCUCGAAGUACACGUCAAUAGUCGCGCAGAUCUCGCGCCAGAUCCCGAGCGAGAUGAAGUCAACAUGGUGGUCUGGUGCAUCACUGAUGAACAAAUGGAUGAUUCACCCAAGCUCGGGAUCUUGGUACUGAUCGAAGAAGAUGAAGAGUUGCCCGCGAAGAUUCGCAAAAUGGUGGGUGACCACGUCCAGAUCGACAGCGAGGACAACGAGCUGGAUCUCAUCAAUCGAAUGGUCGAUAUAGUACGAGAAUACGACAUCGAUAUACUGACUGGUUACGAAGUGCACAACAACAGCUGGGGUUAUCUGAUCGAGCGGGCUCGGCUACAUUACGAGUUCAACCUGCCUGACGAGUUUUCGAGAAUGAAGUCGCACUCCAAAGGACGCUUUGGCAGAGACGCUGACCGAUGGGGCUUCACGCAUACCUCCACCGUGAGCAUCACUGGCAGGCAUACCAUCAAUAUCUGGCGCGCGAUGCGGUCCGAGCUCAAUCUGCUGCAGUACACCAUGGAAAAUGUCGUCUUCCAUCUCCUGCAUAGGCGGAUUCCUCACUAUACAUAUGCAACACUCACUCGCUGGUACAAAAGCGACAGGCCGCGAGACUUGGCCAAAGUCCUCGACUACCUUGUCACGCGUACCAAACUGGAUCUGGAGAUUCUGGAUGCGAAUGAGCUGAUUCCUCGCACGUCUGAACAAGCGCGAUUACUGGGCGUGGACUUCUUCUCGGUCUUUAGUCGUGGAUCACAGUUCAAGGUCGAAUCACUCAUGUUCCGUAUUGCGAAGCCAGAAUCGUUCGUUCUUGUCUCUCCCAGCAGAAAGCAGGUCGGAAGUCAGAAUGCAUUGGAGUGUCUGCCGCUGGUCAUGGAGCCACAAUCCGCAUUUUACAGCAGUCCUCUUCUCGUGCUGGAUUUCCAAAGCCUUUACCCGAGUGUCAUGAUCGCCUACAACUACUGCUACUCGACAUGCCUGGGCCGGGUCACAAAGUGGCGCGGCACGAACAAGAUGGGUUUCGCAGAUUUCAAGCGCCAUCCUGGACUCCUCGAACUCACCAAAGACAAGCUGAAUGUCGCACCGAACGGCAUGAUGUAUGUGAAGCCAGAAUUGCGCAAGUCGCUCCUUGCGAAGAUGUUGGGAGAGAUUUUAGAGACCAGAGUCAUGGUCAAGAGUGGCAUGAAAGUCGAUCGAGAUGACAAGACUCUACAGCAGCUCCUGAACAAUAGACAACUCGCUCUCAAAUUGAUCGCCAAUGUCACGUAUGGCUACACCUCCGCGAGCUACUCCGGUCGCAUGCCUUGUUCCGAGAUCGCAGACAGUAUCGUCCAAACUGGCCGCGAAACACUCGAAAAAGCCAUUGCACUGAUACACUCUGUAGAGCGCUGGGGCGCGGAGGUGGUAUAUGGAGACACAGACUCGCUCUUUGUCUAUCUCAAAGGUCGAACGAAAGACGAUGCGUUCCGUAUCGGCGACGAAAUCGCCAAAGCAGUCACCGAUACGAACCCUCGACCUAUCAAGCUCAAGUUCGAAAAGGUCUACCAUCCUUGUGUUUUGCUCGCGAAAAAGCGCUACGUCGGCUUCAAGUACGAAAGUCCCUCGCAAAAGGAGCCCGACUUUGACGCCAAAGGCAUCGAGACGGUGCGACGUGAUGGCACACCAGCAGAGCAGAAGAUUGAAGAAAAGGCGCUCAAACUCCUUUUCCGGACUUCUGAUCUCAGUCAGGUCAAAGCCUACUUCCAAAGCCAAUGCACCAAGAUCCUCACCGGUCGAUUCUCCGUCCAAGAUUUCUGUUUCGCCAAAGAAGUCAAACUGGGCACAUACGCAGAUAGAGGUCCGCCACCGCCUGGUGCUCUUAUUGCCACCCGCCGCAUGCUCAAAGACCCUCGACAAGAACCUCAAUAUGGCGAACGUAUCCCUUAUGUCGUCGUCGCAGGUGCUCCCGGCGCAAGACUCUGGGAACGUUGCGUGGAACCGGAACAACUCAUUCGCGAUGAGAAUGCGGAGCUGGACGCAGAAUACUACAUCAACAAGAAUCUCAUUCCGCCACUAGAGAGAAUCUUCAAUCUUGUGGGCGCAAAUGUGAGAAGUUGGUGGGAUGAACUACCCAAAGUCCAACGAAUCCGACAAUUGAGUAGCGUCACCCAUCAACAAGACCAUCAUCAUAACAAUCCUCCUGCUUUCACCAGAGGAAACGCAAAAAUUUCUCGCAAAACUAUGGAAAGCUACAUGGCCACUUCCUCCUGUCUCGUCUGCCACACCAAACUUUCCACAGCAGCACCACCCAAAUCCGCUUCUUCUUCUUCUUCUGCUCCCCAACCAAUCUCUUUACCUCUCUGCCCUACAUGUCGCUACUCCCAUCCCACAUCCACCCUCUUACACCUUCGACGCAAAUUCCAAUCUGCAGAAUUUCAAGUUUCUUCCCUGUAUGACGUUUGUCGAAGUUGUGCAGGAUUGGCGUUUGACGAGGAGAUUUUUUGCGAAAGUCGGGAUUGUGAGGUGUUUUAUUCGAGGGUUAAGGCUGAGACACGAUUGAGGGGGGCGAGGAGGGGCGUCGGGAGGGUUUUGGAGGUUUUGGAGGGGGAGGUUGCUGGGGGUGGGGGAGGGAAGGGGUUGGAGUGGUGA